GCAUCGCACGGAAUCCUAGGAAACAUGGUAGAAUGGUGCUUACCUCAAGAUAUUGACCUUGAAGGCGUUGAGUUCAAAUCUAUGGCCAGUGGGUCCCAUAAAAUUCAGUCUGAUUUCAUCUAUUUCCGGAAAGGGCCCUUCUUCGGCCUGGCCUGCUUCGCCAACAUGCCUGUGGAAAGCGAGCUGGAGCGUGGUGCGCGGAUGAAGUCCGUGGGCAUCCUCUCCCCCUCCUACACCUUGCUUUACCGGUACAUGCACUUCCUGGAGAACCAAGUUCGGCACCAGCUGGAGACGCCGGGACAUUACUCGCACCUGGCCGCCUUCUACGAGGACAAGAAGGGGGUGCUGCACGCUGGCCCCGGGAGAGGCGGCAGCCUGCCCCCUGUCUGCUGGCUGCCUUCCAUCCACCGGUACAUGUACCCCGAGAUGAAGAUCACACACCCAGCUGGCUGCAUGUCUCAGUUUAUUAAGUUCUUUGGAGAGCAGAUCCUCAUCCUUUGGAAAUUUGCCUUACUUCGAAAGCGCAUUUUGAUAUUUUCUCCCCCUCCUGUGGGCGUCGUAUGCUAUAGAGUGUACUGCUGCUGCUGCCUGGCCAACGUCUCUCUGCCCGGUAUCGGGGGCACCGUUCCCGAGUCCAAGCCUUUCUUCUACGUGAACGUGGCCGACAUCGAGAGCCUGGAGGUAGAGCUGUCCUAUGUGGCCUGCACCACGGAGAAGAUCUUCGAGGAGAAGCGGGAGCUGUACGACGUCUACGUGGACAACCAGAACGUGCGGACGCACCACGACCACCUGCAGCCGCUGCUGAAGAUCAACAGCGCGGACAGGGAGAAGUUCCGACGGCUGAACGAGCAGAGGCAGAUGCUGCUGUAUUCCCAGGAAGUAGAAGGAGAUUAUAACCCUUGUGAAGAGGACCUCUUUGUGCUGUUUUUCCUCGAGCAGAACAACCGGAUAUUUCAGACUCUGUUGGAGGUGUCCGCCAGUCAAGACAAAACGCUGACGGCCGAGCAUGCCCGGGGCAUGGGUCUGGACCCCCAGGGAGAUCGGAGCUUUCUUAUGGACCUGCUGGAGGCAUACGGCAUUGAUGUUAUGUUGGUCAUUGACAACCCUUGCUGCCCGUAGGAGGCGUGAGCCAGACUGUGAGCCACUGUCACGUGGGAAGUGUACCCAGGCUCCCGAUGGCCUGAUUUUUUUCAUUAAGUUGACACAGAGGAAUAUUGUUUGUACUUCCAACAAAUGUCAUCUUUGCAUCUCCUCUCUUCCCUUCCUCCCUAGAGGUAAGAUGAGCGCGCCCUGGCUUUGUGUCCUGCUUUGGUAGGUCAUUGGGAGCUGCCACUUUCAGAGCUGCCGCCUGGUUUGGUCUUAGGCGUUCUCAAGGUAGAUUCUCUCAUCUUUUUGUUGAGUGACUUGAGGAGAUGUGGCAAAGGCCGAGUGUCACCAGGAGCGGGCUGAGCUCUGGAAACAGCUGGGAGGGACUGUUCAGAAAGUCUCUGUGGUCUUUGUCCCUGGGUGAAUUCGAGAAUGAGACAACUGUCUGUCCAGCAUGGCCUUGGAUGUCAGUCUGCCCGAAGCAGCAGCUACACCAGAUGGCCUUUGAAGGUUUUUAUCAGUGCUGGGAGUCUAGUCUUGAUAUUGAAUCCCUUUUCCUGUUACUUAGGGUAAAUCUCUGUUUUCUCUGUUCACGUGAGUAGAUUUCAAAGUGGGACAAAGGAUGUUUCUGACACCAAGUAUGAGCUUCUCUCAGGACAGAUGACAGGGAGAGAGGUUGCUUCAGUCAGCUGAAAACUAAAAUUGUAAAAUGCAGCCUUGAAACCUUUCUCAGAGUAAGUUCAUGGUGGCCAUUCAUGUACUAGUCCUCUUUCUCUGAUUCCCCUCCUCUCGGGAUGGGCUGGCAGGGUCCUGUGGGGAGGUGUCAGCCAGACUGUGUACAAUUUUGAGCCCUCACAGACGCACUUGUCUUUAGCAGAGAUGACAUUCCUUGAGCUCAGUAAUUGGGACCAGAGACGUAACAGGUUUGUUAGAGAGCAGAUGUGACAGUGCCUUCAGCCAGGAAAGUGGCCAGGAACCCCAAGUGUGGGUGAUGGGGUUCCCUGCUUUCCUCUGGAAUGUUCUGACCUGGGACAGCUCCUGUCGGCCCCUGCCUGUUCUCUUUGGGGCGUUCAGUGGAUGCCAGCUUACGGGAGGCAGUGACAGUUUGUUAGCCAGAGAAGCUGCCUCCUCUGAGCAAGAGUUUAGUUUUUUGGACCAGUUUAGGAUUUUUGACUUGGGAUACCGGGCUGCUGGUGACAAAUAAUUUCUUCCCCUCCACCCUUCCUGCCUGGCUCUGUUAUUGGAAUAGCCAUCAGUGGAUUCGUGUCUGGGACCAAGUUCCAGCCAAGCUGAUGUACACAGCAGAGAGAAAUAACCCUCAAAUGGAUGCAUCAUAAUUCUUAUCUCAAAAACAGCUUUAUAGGGCUUAUUGCUUGAUUCCAAAAUAUUUUCACUUUAGCUCCUUAAUAGGAAGUUCAAGACUAGAGAAAUUCACAUGUGGAAAUGCAAACAGACAUUGAUUAAUCAAGGUAGCAUCUUUUAUGUAAAUAUAUAAAUAAGUUUGGGCAUUGAAAUGUAAACUGUACAGUACAUUUUUCUCCUCUGUGGGUUUAGCCAUCAUUUCAGUAAUAUAUAUGUUUACAAAAGAAAAAAAAAGUCUGUGUUUAGAAGCUGAAGCUUCACUGCCUUUUUCCUCGAAGAGCGACCGUCUCCUCUUGCCCCUGGAAAAGGAGCGUCCUUUCUAACUUGGGUCAAGUAAAGGUUACUUUUAGUGGUACCCAAAGGUUCAAGGUUUUCUAAAGGGGGGGGUGUCAGGGGCCAGAAGCAGGGGUGGGAGUGAGAGGAGAGGUCAGAUUCUCUUGGAGGACACAGGCAGACACAUUCUGUGGAGUUGGGGAAUUUGUUGGCGGAAUACUCUUUUAAGCACUUCUGCUCCAGGGGCGUUCUGCACGCAAACAUGUCUGUUCUAUGGUGCUGUAGCUCCAAGCUCAGAGGUGCUGGUGCAAAGGUAAUGGGAUGAAAAUAAGGUUCCUGUAUUUCCCUUUGGAUGGUGGACCCGGGGUUCUGGGCUCCUUUCAACUCCAUGAUGUUCUAGGCAGCCGUCCGUCUGGUGUCUCUGUGCAUCUCCCCCAGCCCUGCGAUGCUUGUGCAGCGGGCUGGGGUGGGGUGCCCCUGAGAGGGCUUACCCCUGGGGCAGUGCCACGUCUGAGGUCAUACGCAGCCUGAGCUCAGCUGACCCGAGAGCAGAACUACCCCCCUCCCUCCCGGGAGUGCUUGAAGAGGACCUUGCCAGCUUCCUCGUGGGGCCAGGAGGCUGGUGCCACACUGCCUCUGCCUGGCUGAUUGACAUGCCCGUAGUCACCUGCAUCCCUGUCACCCCCUGAGGGGUUCUUGCCUGGGAUGGAGCUCGGGGCCUCUUACUUCCGAGGUCACCUUCUGAAGGCUCCCACCCUGCUGCGUUCUCCCUCAUCUCUCGGGUAAGCAGCACAGCCCAGCCUCACUCGCUGCCAGGUCUCUGAAAGGGCAAUUCGUUAGUGACGUGCCAGGCAGGAGUCCCUGCACGGUGACAGCAGAAGCUUGAAGCCACACAGGCCUGAUUUUCUGUCACUGUUGAGAUAUUUUCUGGGAAACCACCUGCUUUUGUGUGGGAGACGGUGGUGAACGGCCUUCCCUGUUCUCUGUAGGGGCAGGGGUUACCACCACUGGCCUUCUGGAGCAGGGUUGGGGACCUCGGGUGUGGUGCAUUGACUGAGGGUGGUCGUCUGCGCCUCUCGACUCUCAGACCUCCGCCCUCCCCUGCCCCAGCUGGCUUCUGGGACCUUGAAGCCUGAUUUAACACCAUGCUGUGAGCCACGUACUAACCUGGACACAUUGCUAACCUGGGACACGGGGACUGCUGGCUCAACCUUGAAUCAAGUUAGAAGAAAUUCUAGGUGGCAGGAGUCCUUGCGGGGCCUCGAAUCCAGGCUUGGGGUUUAUUUAUGUCUGGUAAGAUGGGUUUCUCAAGUUUGCAGGCUUGGCCAAUGGUGAUAUUCAGCCUUGAGGGCAAGGUCUAGUUGGCCUGUGGAUUAAGAUGCUUCAGGAGUCAGAAAUAGUAGGACUUACCUUUUACCAGACCAAAAAGUAUGGGCCAAUUAGUUGUUUAGAGUUAGCUUUGGCUUUUGUUAAGCAUGAAGCACUCAGGCUGGUGUAGAUCCUUUCCGACGUCACUGUCCCAGCUGGGGCCCUGUGCUUGCUGUGAAUGAGAAGGCCCGUGCCUCCCAGAUCCGUCAUCCGUCACGGCAUCUCUUCUAACAUUUGGCUGGGGAAGGGAAGCUGAAUUCAUUGACAGUCUGCUAGAAAUAGUUUAGCAUAGGGAUCUGCAUCUAUAACUGACCUUGCUUUUGUCCCUGGUGAAAAUCAAGAUGGGAAAUGCAGGUGCAGCACAGGGUGCAGGUAGCUCUAAGAACCGCAUGUGAGUAUUCAUUCAUCUGGGUGGUAUUUUAGCUAGAAGGUAAAGCGACAUGAAAUUAUAGGUGAAUCCCUGUUUUUGAUUCUGGUGCUUAAGAGGAUGGACUUGCUAUUGGUCUUGAUACACUGGAAGCCCUUCAAACACAAUAAAAAGAUGAGAUUAUUCAGCUUUAAACUGAGGCCUUUGGGGAACCUUUUGUGAAGGGCAGUGAUGAAUUAACCUUUUAAUGGUAAUACUGCCACCCUCCAGGAGGAGGCAGGGACCUCAGGGACUGGGUUUCUUUUAUCCUUCUUUUUUUAAAUGAAACUGCAGAGGCCAGGGAACGGAUUGAGGUGCUUUCUCCAGUCCCAACAGAUCGCACUUGCAGAGGUAAAGGAGGGGGAGGGCACUGCUGAAGACAGUUAGACAAUGUUCAGCUGGAUAGUGAACUUGCCUUCGUGUGAUGACAGUUCUUUAACAGGCAAGAAAGUUAACACAGGGACCAAGGUGUCACACACAGGCUUUCAUCUCCCUUUUAGGGUCCUCGCUGCGGGGCUCGGAAUCUGAGGAGGCUGGUCCUCGGGUCUUUCCCUGUUACACUUGGGCCCUGCGGUGAGGAUCCUGCAGACCCGGGGGCGGUCUUACCCCAGCGGCCAGUCCGUCCCCUCUCAUUUCAGGAAAACCCCUUUCUGAUUCAGGUAGGGGAAGAGAAGGAGUUAAGAGCUCCUUUUACUCCCAGGUCAUGGAUUUGUAAUAUUCCAUUUGUAUUACUAAUAUACCUCUGUUCCCAGGAGCUACUGGAGGGCUGAGUGUUGUGGGAAAAGGCUAACUGUGAAUUAAGUCAAUGUUUUUCUUAUAAGAAAUGGAAGUUUAUUUUUAUAUCAAUAUUACUAUAUGAUGAAUUGAGUAUACAGAUGUUGAAAUGGAAGGAGAUUUCAAAACUAUCAUCCUAGAAUAAAUGGGAAGUAUUGUAAUUUGGAAGCAACCGAGACCUCGUGAAAGUUUUAUGAUUUAAAUGUUUUGAAGAGUGAAUAAGGACUGUCCUGUGAAAUCGAACAGCACUCCUUAGGGGACAAAAUGGACAGUCCCAGGGAGGAUGACACACAGCCGGUCACCGAGCUUAAGGAAUACUCUCAUACAAAAGGAAGCAAAUGUGACCGUGCUGAUCAUUAGGCCUCUUCACUGGGGGUGGGGGAGGGAGGCGGUCAGAGGUAGCUUUGUAACUUGCACUUUAACUCACUUUGGAGCUAGAAUACAGGGGCAGCUGGAUGAAACUGCACAUUCAGAAAGGAACUAAGAAUUUUCUAGGGCUGUACAGAGAAAUGGCGAUGGAGAGGUAAGGCCCUGCUUUCAUGUCUUGAGCGUUUCUUCUAGAAGCUCGGCUCAGUAUGGGCUUUUAGAGAGAAUGGCAUGUGAAGUCAGAAAGUGUAUUUAAUUACCAUAGGAGGAGAGGUAUGAGUGACCUCUGCUUGCUGUAGAAUGCCUGUUGAGUCUACUGGUCCACUGACUUUGCUUUGAGGACAGCUGGGGGGUGCGGAGGUGGGGUGUGGUGCUCUGAACCAGCCAGAGAUGCCCCACAAAGUGAAGAAUCCCCACACAGGCCACUGAAUUAGCUGGUUAUUAACGUACAUCGUUGACAUGGGAGUGAAAACUCCUUCCUUUGGCCAAACCAAGCAAAACUAAAAGUCUAAAAAAAAUUCUGGCGGCAGCUUGAGGAAACAAGUCUCGGUGUAGCUGGAAGUCCAGGGAGGGAAGGAGAGAGCCUUAUGCUUUGAGCAGCCUGGGCAGGAGGUUGUGGGGUGCAGAGCAGAGGAGCACAAAACUAACCUCCUUUAUUUCCCCCGAGCCUGUUGGCUACAUUUUUUAUAGGUCUGAGAAAUAAACCUUAGGUGAAAAAGCAGUCGUAAGCCUUGGAAACAGUUCUGCUGUCUUCCAGCUAGGAUCAGCAUAGAGCCUCCCUGUCGCCUUCGAUGUCAAACCCCUAUUUUGAUCGAUGCCCCAGUGUUCAGAGUUACAGCAAUAAGAGAAACAGAAUCAGUCUUUGGUUUAAGUCUUUACCUCAUAGUAUGAAGUUAGGAAGGCAGGUGAUAAAUUUCUCCCUAAAUAUACAGCAGCUCCAUAUGUUUUUCUCUCUCUUCAACGCCAAUCACUUAAAGGCCUGAAGAAAGCUGGGGGUUCAUCCUGGAGAGUAAAUGUGUCUUGACCUGACCUUGUUCUGUGGUACAAACAGCGUCUGUGUAUAUCAUAUCUGUAUAUAUCUGAACCAAGUUGUCUGCAGAGAGGCUGAUACAACUUUAUUUACAGAAAACAGUUUUUACAAUUAAAAUUCACAUUUUAACAUGAA